UGCAGUAGCUCCUCCGCUCCUGCAGGGGGCGCUGCUCUCUCUCCUCUCCGCCUCUAACGUGAAGCCGCUGAGGUUCCUCUGUUAGCAGUGAGCUAACAUGACAACAUUAAGACCGUUCACCUGCGAUGAUUUAUUCAAAUUCAACAACAUAAACCUGGACCCUCUGACAGAAACUUAUGGGAUCCCGUUUUACCUCCAGUACCUGGCUCACUGGCCGGAGUACUUCAUCGUGGCCGAGGCUCCUGGCGGUGAACUGAUGGGCUACAUCAUGGGGAAGGCGGAGGGAUCCGUGGCUCGGGAGGAGUGGCACGGUCACGUGACCGCCCUGUCCGUCGCGCCCGAGUUCAGGCGACUCGGCCUGGCAGCCAAACUCAUGGAGAUGCUGGAGGAGAUCUCAGAGAGGAAGGGCGGUUUCUUCGUGGACCUCUUCGUACGAGUCUCGAACCAGGUGGCGGUGAACAUGUACAAGCGUCUGGGCUACAGCGUGUACAGGACGGUCAUCGAGUAUUACUCAGCCAGCAACGGAGAACCGGACGAAGACGCUUACGACAUGAGGAAAGCUCUGUCCAGAGACACGGAGAAGAAGUCGAUCAUCCCGCUGCCGCAUCCCGUCAGACCUGAAGACAUCGAAUAACAGCAGACCGUGGCUCUCUGCAUCCUGACGAUCAUUUUCCCGCUCGGUUACGUUGUACAUAAUUAAACCGUUUCGUCAGAGAGCCACCGAUUUGUACAAAUUUUAAUUUCCCCAAACAAGUUUUGAUUUCUGUACAUUGAAAAUGAAAAUUUAAUGAGACAACAGGACAGUGUGACGGCAGAGCAAACAUACAAUAAAGACUUCUCGUCAGCUC